AUGGGGACUGUACCUGACCCUCUGAGAUCGGCUAAAACUUCCCUGAUUGCAGCUUCUGGAAAAGAAGAGGACCUGGGAGAGGUUCAGGCUGCUUCACCUCAGCCUCAACCAGCCAUCCUGGGUAGGAACACCAAUGGCCUUUCUGGCACUCCUGCAGAGCCAGACCUCAGUCCCAGGACAGCUGCUGAGGCCCUGAUGCAGGCCAGUGAGCAUGACGCCAGGCAGCCAGCCAUGUCGUCUGCUGGCAUUGUCGGUGAGGUGGGGAGAGCAUCUCCCACGCUCAACUCUCCUGGCAGUACCCAGCUGCCAGGGAGCAGGGAGCCCGCAGCACCGGCCCCAUGUUCUGCGGCAGGAAAGGAUCUGAUACACGUAACAUCCAGCGUGCCAGCCAAUAAUCAGCACACCCACCCGGCCAUCCCAGGGGACCAGCCCACCUCCAGCCUCCCAUCAGGACCUGAAGACACCCUGGUGAAAUCACAGAGAACUGCAGAUGGCGAGCAAACUGAGAAGUCAAGCUGUCUGGUGGGAGGGAUCCGUGACAAAGAUCAGGCGCCCCCGUAUUUCCCUUCUCAAGAAACAAUCCAGGGAAUGGUGCAACCUGCAGAUACAGCAGCCAAGGCGUUCAGUCCUGCCCCCGCUCCUGUAGGUGGACCUGACGGGGAAAGGCAGCAAGCCGUUUGCGAUUCCCAGACAAGGUCCUGUGAAUCUCCAGCCAGAGAAAUUAGAUGUUCGGAGAACACACCAGCCUCUCCCACAGCCCCAGACGCCCAGGCCUUGACUUCGGUGACACCUCAGUCAUCCCACCUCCCUAGCAAAGGGUCCAUGUUUCCUCCAGAUCCAGAGAAGAUGCUGCUGCCAGCACAGCCUCAGGGGUCAAGGUUCAGAGAAGUGAGUACAAUGACCAACCAAGCUGAAAAUGAGAUCAAGGACGCUUCCCCCAGGGCGCAGCAAGAUGCUGAGGUGCAGGCAGUGGCGAGUGUCGAGAGCAGAUCGGUGUCCACCAGCCCCAGCAUUCUCGCUGCGUUCUUAAAGGAAACCCCCGCUCCAGAGCAGUUCGAACAACAAGAGCAGCUGCGCGUCGUCUGCCACGGCAGUGGCCGCAUAAGCCACACGUUGGAGCUGUCUGCAGGCACCCCAGCCCCCCGGGAGGUGGGUCAGUGCCUUGGCGUCACACCAGAGGUGCACAUCCAGUCAGCUGCAGCUGUUUCUGCGGCCUUCCGGGGGGAAGGUAAAUCCGUGAGCCUACCGGCUGAGGCCCUUAAAAGCUCAUCAAUCAAUGUGGCAUCCAGUAACACUCAGGCUACAUGUAAAGAAGGCGGGAGGUCAGCAGGAAUGACCCAGGUGGGGCAAGAGCCCACCUCUAGACAGCUUUGGGGUGCUAAUUCUACCGCCCUGAAAACUAGCCUCAGUGACCAGAUUUCUAUCGGUGCGGGAUGUCAAGCUGAAACAAGUCACGGAUUAGGGAAACUUGAAAGGAAGCCAUCUGAGUUUGCAGCGGAAACCACCAAUGGCCCCAAACCAGAUCCCGACUGGAAACUCUCCAACUCUUGUGGCCCUGCCGGAAGAGCUGACCAGGCCGGGAACUUGGAUCUCACGAAUCAAGGGGCCACAAGAGAGAAGAAGCUUGCAUCUCCUCAGAUAGUAAGAGAACAAGAAUCUCCCGGCAUCGAUAUCCUGGACCCGAGGGCAAGGGCAGAGGCCAAAACUGUACUUCUCAAUCCUAAAUCUCAAGAAAGUAGAGGCACCGCAUCAGCUGCCAGUCCUACACCCUCCCCAGUUAGAAGGAUCCAGGAGGGCAUCGUGGAAGAAAAUAGACAGCCCAAGACAGCCGCCAGCCUAAGCCUGCCGUCCGAUUCCAUGGGGGACUCCAGUCCCAGUUCUGGCAAGAGAACCCCUUCUCGCUCCGUCAAAGCCAGUCCCCGCCGGGCCAGCCGGGUCAGCGAGUUCCUCAAGGAGCAGAAGUUAAAUGUGACGGCAGCUGCCGCCCAGGUGGGACUCACUCCGGGAGAGAAGAAAAAGCACCUGAGUGCUGACUCCAAGCUGCAGUUGAAACAGUCCAAGCGUGUCCGGGACGUGGUGUGGGAUGAGCAGGGCAUGACCUGGGAGGUGUACGGCGCUUCCCUGGACCCAGAGUCCCUGGGCGUCGCCAUCCAGAACCAUUUACAACGACAAAUCAGGGAACAUGAGAAAUUAAUCCAAGCUCAAAGCAGCCAGAGCCGGAGAUCCAUCUCCUCGGAUACUUCUUCAAAUAAAAAGCUCAAAGGCAGGCAGCCCAGUGUUUUCCAGUCCAUGUUGCAGAACUUUCGACGGCCCAACUGCUGCGUUCGCCCUGCUCCUUCUUCCGUAUUAGAUUGAAAAGGAACAUGUACGGGAGCCCUUGUAUACUUUUACGGUCUUCAUAGAUAUCCCUCUGUCUGUGUCAAAGCUUAGUGUUUUCUGAGAGACCAGGAAGAGAAGGCAUUAACUUGAGGAAACUGCUAUUAAGGAUUGUGGCGUCCUUUGACUGGGGGUCCAUAAAUAAUACAUCAUUUCAGUUUGAAAGAAAGAAAAGAAGCAAGCUUCACUGAAGGUUUACGACCUUAAUUAAGAGGAAAUAACGUUCAGUGGGUUUUUAAAUAUGACGUUGCUCAUAGACUAACAUGAUCAUUACACGUGUCAUUUUGGAUUACUCACUCAAUUUAUCACACUGUGGUAUU